AUGAGGUACCAUAGUCAUUGUAUGAUGGCAUUCCUCAUUUUGCGAUGGGAUACUGCUCUUGGUUAUCCCCAAGGAAUCUUACUGGACGAGGCCAUCGCUACAGCAGAGCGCAUACCAGCUUUGGCCGACUCGGGCCGACUGCCUUCAGGAUCGAAUACUCGAAUAAUCCGCAGGGCCGACAUUGCAACAACCGCGCCUGAUCCAAGCCGCCGCUCGCAAAGAGAAUUAAAAUCAAUCACACGGCAUGAUAACUCAAAAGUUAUAAACUCGAAAACGGUGAUCCAUGACAAUGGAGAGGAGUCGUGGUCUGUUCACAGUAGUCUGGUUCCUGAAACCAAAACCAAUUGUACCAAAUCCGAUGCUCGUACAACAACAGAAAAGUGUCUGACAGAUAAGCUAGAAGUGCGCAUAAGUGGCACCAUGCCAAAGACUGCAAACGCUUCCGUGCUUGCUGAAAAAGUUAUGAAGGUCGUCAAAGAAAGUAUCCAAGGCGACUCUAGCGUAGAUUUUGCGCAAAACAACAAGAGUAGUCAAGUCGUGACAAAUCCGACCGAUGUAGCCGACGGGCAGUCUGCCACAGGUAGGCUCUUGCAUUCCCCAAGCGGUCAAGCCGACGACUUAAGCCGAAGUGGUCAAACAACUCCUACCACAAAUCAAUCGACUGCGAACACAGGCGCGCCAACAUCUCGGCAGGAACAGGAUAGUGUAGCUUCAGGGAGACCCAAUGAUACUGUUCCUCAGAUAACUGCCGCUCCUCCGGUCCAAAACCCAGAUAAUACAAUCAGCUUAACCAACGGAACUGCCACGUCUUGGGCUCUAAACCCAGAUAAUACAACGAGUUUGAGUAGCAAUGGGACCAUCAAUUCAACUGCUAGUCCGGCCUUAGACCAACCACCAGCUCAAAUAGGGCUUGUGGCGCCACCGUCACCAAGCAUCAGUGGCAGUGGUGAGCAGAAUACUACUAGUGAGCAGAACAUCGCUGAAACACAAGUAAAACAUAACUCGUCGCUUGGACUACCCACCAGGCCGAUUGUUGGUAUUCCACAAGAUUUAAAAGAACCUGCUAACGAGACGAAAGAACUCUCAACGCCUAAUGGACAAACUGGCAACCUCACAAAAUCCAAACUCGAGCAGGAUGGCGAUGUUUACAGCAAACCAUUUGGAGUGAUGAUCCUACCGAAGUCACAGAAACUAGAGAGUCUGCCGCCCGGAACAGUUAUUAUCAUACCUCAGGGCCAAAACACAAAAACGGAAAAACCUGAAAGAAGCCUGUCAUUGUCGCUUUCGUCUGGGCCACAGCUUUCACAAAACCGCAGCACCACUGUUUUGACUGGGUCAGAUCAUUCCCCGAAUGGCGAUGCCAUGGCUUUGCCAGGGUCGCAUGUUUUACAGAAUGGCAGUGCUACAGUAUCGCCUGGACCUCAACUCACACAAAAUGGCAGUGUAAUGCCGUCUGGACCUCAACUUGCUCAAAAUGGCAUCACUGUAUCGGGCCACAAUCACUCGUCUUCACCCGCCAAAACUCCAUCCCAAUCUCCAGAAACUCCCCUCGUCAACCAGGCUCCACUGCCGCCUACGAUUGACGCGACUCACUUGUCAUCACCUCAACCCCUUCAACCACCCCCUGGAUCCGCAACACCUAUACAGGCACCCGCAAACAAAGCCGGAAAUGUCAAAAUAAUUCUUCCUGUAAGAAAUCCUCUGCAAUCAUCUCACCCGAUAAUGCUAUUCCAACUAUGA